AUGUCUAGAUUAAGAAGAUUUAACAGGAAAAUUUUGGGCUUGAAUCCCGGUUACGCUUAUGAAGUUGAGUCAGAACACGAUGACAUAUCCAUGUUACCGUUAGAUACAGAGGAACAAGAAGAACUUAUACAAAAAUUUGAGGUCAAUGCCCACAUUACGAAUAAGAUGUACAUAAACGUUUUAAGUGUACUUUAUUUGCUGUAUGGAGGAUUGCUAAUGAUAUUCGUAAGAAAAUCGCGAGGGCAUGUUAAAUUAGCACUUCUUGCUGGCGCUAAUUCCUUGAUCUGCUCAUGCAUUACGCUUAGAUAUAAUAUCAUAAAUGAUUACCUUUUAUUCAGCAAAUUUAAAUUACGAGUGAGUAAUUUUUCAAUUAAUACAUUAAACAUUGUUUUGUUAGUAUUUACGGGUUGGAUAAGUUUCAACCAUGCGAUGGAAGAUAGGAAAACAUUGUUCUAUUUACAGGUUCCGAUGGUUUUAUUUUGGGUCGCUGUAAUCGUAAAAAGGUGGGCUCGGAAUAUGGAAGAUGAAAUUGCGGACCUACGACGUCUAAAGUAUAAAUACAAGAAUGCUUGA